AUUUAAUUUUGUUUUAAUUGGCUUGAAAAGAGAAUGAGUGAAACGCGAUUGCAAUCGGACCGCUUGCAGUUAAAAGUGCCGUAAAGAUGAAGCGAAAUCAAAUAAACAGCAAGGAUAUACCCAAACAAUUAUAUUGACAAACGCUGUGCGUAGGAUAAAAACUAGUUCUUCAACAUCUUGUCUUCUUCUUAUUCUUUGUGUUAAACCUUGACGCACACACAAACAUACACAAACACACACACAGAGCCACAUAAGCGCGAGCAGGUCAGAAAUGGAAGGCAUGGACCUGUGGACGUCAAUGUUCUCCAAUGAUUUUGAGGAGGGUGAGGAGAGCGAACAAUAUGGCAAUGGAACGGGAACGGGUGUCAAGCCAUCGGCGGACACAGACGAUAUAAUGGCCGAGGCUUACGAUGGCGAUGAGGGCGUUGAUGAUGAUGAUGACCUUAUGGAGAUGGAGGAUAAUGGCGAAAUGGAGGCCACUGAGGAGGAAGGUAGAAAUGGCAAGCAAAAGGGACCUGAACCUGAUGAUGAUGCCAUAUUUGAUUUUGAACUUGAACCGAUUGUAAGCAUAGCAGAGCAUCCAACCACUCCACUGGGACCAGCUGGCCCUACUUCAGCUUCAGUGCGUCCGAUGCAUCGAAAUUCAUUGCCAGCAGGUGGUUCGAUUUCCGGCCGGCCUAAAGAAAUGCGGUUAUCUGGCGUUCAAAUGCGCCCAACCACCUCCCAAAUAAAUGCCACCGACGAACAUGGUGUUCCCAUUAACUACGAGCUGGGCGUAAUCUACAUUUGCCCCGCAUGUGGAGCGGAAUUUCGGCAACAGGACCAAUGGAAGCGUCAUAUGAACCAAAUGCAUCAAUUCAACACACGACGAGGUCUCAAUUUUGUGGCCAUGGAUAAGCUAUAUCAGCGCUGUCUCGAAUGCAACAAGCGCAUUGCUAUGCACAGUCGUGAGAAUCUUCUCAAGCACAAGUUCACCCAUUUGCCAUAUCGUUGCACAAAGUGCUACCUAUGCAAAAGGGAGUACAAAUAUAGACAAGAUUUGAUGGUUCACCUGCGAAUGGUGCAUUGUGAGGAGAUAGUGAACAUGAUGCGGGGUGGUUACUCUGCGGCGGGACGUAAGACACGUGUAAGAGAGCCACGUACUGAGCGAAAAGAGUUCUGUCCCGAAGAUGACGAUGCCAUUGAAGUGAGGAAUGAAGUGCUCGAACCUGAUCUGGAUGACUCUAGUUUCGUUGUAUCGUCCACUUCAUUAGUGGAAGAAGAGCAACCACAAAACUCAACUCCUCAGCCUUUGUCUGCCAAGCGAAAGCGCAGUCAUCCUUCGGGAAAUGGAAGUGGGGGCGCCACCGAACUGUGUGAGGAUUAUAUACAUUAUAUGUGUCCCGAUUGUGGGACAGAGUGCGAAAAUCAUGCCCAAUGGAGCCAGCACAUUGAGUUUGUGCAUGAUUAUGUUAGUCGUCGGGGACUCAACUUUAGGAGCGUCGACAUGCAGAUGCAAUGCUUGGAAUGCAAACAGAUUGUUACUCCCAACACGAUUAAAACUCUGAGAGCUCACAAAUUCAGCCAUCUUCCGCAGCCCGAGUGGCUGCGUUGCAAGCUUUGCUACAAGAGCUAUACGGAGCACCAUGAGUUGGUGACUCAUUUAUUGAAACAUCACAAUCUGGAGACCCUGAUACCAGCCGAUGGACAAGAUGAACAAUUGCUGUGUGCACCAGAUGACGACGGAGGAGAUGGCGGUGAGAUGAUCUUCGAUGAUGCCGAUGAGGUCCGUAGACGUGGUGGAAGGAUAAGUAGCGAUGAUAUCUAUGAGCCGCACAUCGAUUACCUUUGUCCGCAGUGCGGCAAAGAGUUCAUGGAGAAAAAACAUUGGCGUACCCAUGUGGUUCAAGUGCACGGCAUGAAUGACAUUGCAAAGCUGAACUUUGAGAUUAUAUCGGAACGGCAGUUGAAGUGCACGGAAUGCGAGAAGAUCAUCACGAAUGCCUAUGGCAUACAGAAUGCCCAACAGCAUAGGAUAACGCAUUUACCAUUUAAAGCCUAUGCCAGGUGUCGCAAGUGCCACAAGACCUAUACGGAUCGCAAGGGAUUGGUUAAACAUUUGGCCACAUAUCAUCGUGUGGGCUGGGAGACUGGUCGAAAGUCCGGCGUAAGUGGUGAUGCUCCUCUGGCGCCAAAGCAACCGCGUAAACAAAUUGUGACCGUGGCUAAUGAGACAUAUGAGAUUAUAUAUUUAGAUGAGGAGCCAAGCAACGUUGAGGAGAAUGAUUUUGGUGAGCAAAUGCAGGCGGAUGACGAUGAGUAUGCGCCUGCUCCACCUCCUCCGCCAGUACCGCCACCUAAUCCUCCUCCCACUCGCUUCAAGUGCUCGGAUUGUGGUUCAAUACACACUACUCAAAUGGCUCUCAAGAUGCACAUUAGGGAGGAGCAUGGCUUAAGGGAAUCCAAAAAUAUUUCAAAGAAAAACACCGAGUCUAAGGAUGAAAAGAAAAGGAGCAGUGCAUCUUCAGCUUCUUCCACACACACUCCAAACGCCACCUCCAUGCGUUCUCCAGGCACCACAAUUGAGCAGAAUUACAUCUUCCUAUGCCCAUCUUGCGGUGAGGAGUACAAGACGCAAUUCGAGUGGCGUCGUCACAUCAACGAAUCCCACAAUUUUGAUAAACGGGAGUACUUGAAUAUGCGGCAAUUGGACAAAUAUCGAUAUCAGUGUACCCAGUGCAAGGAUAUCGUCUGCAACUCGAAAUUGAAGGGACUUCAAGACCAUCACUUUCGGCAUUUGCCCUACCGUUUGUAUCUCAAGUGCUUAGUCUGUGGCACUUGCUACAACCACAAGCCGAAUAUAGCAGCUCAUCUCCGGACACGUCAUAAUAUUUUUGAGCGGGAAACGCCUUGGCGAGAGCAACGCAAUAAACCGCAAUAUGCAUACGUUCAAUCAAAGGAUUCGGCCGAUAAGGAAAAAAGAAGCCAGCGGGCAGAGUCACCAGUUGCUUCUUCAUCGUCGUCAUCGGUUUCGGCUAUGGGGAGCAGCCGCACGUUGAAGCCCCAACCAGGCGGAUUGCCGACGCGGCCCGCCGGUCUAAACACGCUGGAGGAUAGCAUUUCGUAUCACAAUGCUGUCGAUCUGGAUUUCAUCACGUACUACUGCCCAAAAUGCAAUCAGAACUUCGAUUCGCAUGCAUUCUGGCGCAAACACAUUGUGGAGCAGCAUAAUUUCAAUUGCCGUGAGGGGCUUAACUUUCGACAGAUUGACAACCAUCAUUACCUAUGCCUGGAAUGUUAUAAGCGGGUUACGGUCACCCACACUAAGGGAGCCAUUGGCCAGCUUCAGUCGCACAAAUUCCGUCAUCUGCCGUAUCGCUCUUUCAAGUGCUUGACCUGCAAUGGAGAGUUUGUGCGCAAACAAAUGUUCUUUAAGCACUUGAACAGGGAUACCAAUAGAUGCGAUAAUCGACCCAGCGGACCAGAUGCCCCAGUCAUCGAUGACGAUGAUCAGGAGGGGGCACCUGGCGCAGGUGGUGAAGUGGUGACUGUGGAAGAUGAGGAAGUAGAUCCUUCUGCCUAUCGUUUAAUGUGCCCGCAAUGUGGCGACAAUAUCGACACAAGCAGCAAAGCCGUUUGGCGGGAGCACAUUAACAUCUACCAUGGCCUGGGCAAGAAGGAACUCCUACAUAUGCGAAAAAUUGGCGACGAUCUCUAUCGUUGUUAUGACUGCGAUGAGGAGCUGCAGACGAAGAAGCUUCGUGUGCUUCAGCAGCAUCGUUUCCGACAUCUGCCUUAUGCCGCGUACAUACGUUGCUUGCUCUGCGAAAAUCCAGAGGGCGAUGAUGCCAUUGAUGCUGCAGCCGGCCUGCAUAGUAUGCGAGAAUUGCAGCAGCAUAUACGGGAACAUCAUCCGGCCAUCGAGGACAACGAUGAGCAAAUGCAGAAUGUGCGUCAACAGGCAGCCGAAGAGGAGGGUGACGAGGACAGUCAUUUGGAAACCGAGACCGCGGCCAGUACGGGUUCAGGUAAUGGUCCAUACAUGCCGCUGCCACCGCAUUUGUUGGAUGAUGCUGAUGAUUUUGAGGAACAAUAUUUACUUGGAUAGUAGGCCACAAACAACACAAAUUUUGAAAUCAAGUAGACAACUGAAUCUUUAAAUCUCUCUAAAAAGAUGGACAAAAACUCUUAAUUAAAUUAUAAGUAAUUAUUGAAAAUGAUUUAUUGCCCCCCACAGAGACAUCAUUCUACUUUGACUCAUAAUCCUAUUUUUACCAUAGAACUGACAUUUUUAAUAGUUAUUAAGAACAAACAAUCUCAGACUAUUUAUUUCCACAUUGUACUCAAUCCUCCAACCCCUCAUUCAUGCAUCAUCACAGCUCUCAGACAUUCUCCUUUAAUCCCUUCCACCCAGUAUGACAAAGAAUGAUUUUUUGAAAUUAUAAUCGUAAUUGAUAAGUAUAAAAAAUAAUUAUAUAUAUAUAUGUUUAGAUGAUUUCUUUGAGAUUUAGUUAUACUCUUAAUUUAGAUCUGAACAAACUUGUUUCCAAUCCAAGUUAUACCCGAUUUUUUUGGUCAAAUAUAAUGUUAAUAAAUAAGCAAUUUAAAUCAACAAA